AUGAAGUACAUACGCCACAGCACUUCCAUAACUGUUCCUGAAGUGUUCGGCUCUGGUAAUUGCUGGGCGGGCCCUUACAUUGUUAUGUCAUUUCUCGAAGGCGUGCCAUUGUCACAGAUUCUCAAAGAUCCUUCUAUAGAAGGAAGACCAGUCCUGAACCCGCAGAUAAGCGAUCGGAGCUUGAAGUGGGCUUAUUACGAAAUGGCUACGGUUAUUCUCGAAUUGUCCAAGCAUGAAUUUGAUUCUAUAGGUGCGCUUGCUGAGGAUGAGCGGGGUUUUUCCAUUGCUAGGCGACCUCUCACCUUCAACAUGAAUGAGUUAAUGGCGUCUGCAAAUUUGCCUGAAGAGGUUUUCCCCUUGCAACCUUUCAGGUCAGCCACGGACUAUUUUAAAGCGCUUGCUAUGCAGCAUCUCUUCCAUCUUCGAUUACAGCAACGAGAUGCUGUUAACAGUGAGGAGGACUGCCGGAAAAAAUUCACCGCUCGUUGUUUAUUUCUUAAUCUUAUGGAGAAAAUCUUCCCUCAGCACCCUCAAGGGCCGUUUCGGCUAUAUUGUGACGACUUUCGUCCUUCAAACGUCCUUGUGGAUUGUGAUACCUCCCGUGUCUCGGGAGUUAUUGAUUGGGAGUUCACAUAUGCUGCGCCUGCUGAGUUUACAUAUGUAGCUCCUUGGUGGCUCUUGUUGCAAAGUCCGGAGGACUGGGAGGGUGAUCUCAACCAGUUUCUGAACCGUUAUUCCCCCAGACUUCAUGCCUUUUUGAAAGUUCUUGGUGACUAUGAAAACGAGUUGAUAAACCAACACUCCCUGUCUGAGUCACAGCGCCUCUCUCCACGGAUGCAACAUUCAAUGGAUACUGGGUUAUUUUGGGUAUGCUUAGCAGCAAGAUACAGCUCUAUGUUCGAUGAUAUCUAUUGGACAUUUAUCGACCCUCGGUAUUAUGGAACGUUUACCUCUCUUGAUGACCGCAUACGGCUUUUGGACCAAGAACAGCAGCGUGAUAUGAAUGAGCUUGUGCGGCACAAGGCUGGCCAUUGCACUCAGGAUAAUGAGAGUUUCGACGAUCACUAUCCAAUUGAGAAGCUACUUGUAUUAUGA